AUGACUCUAGAAGAUCCCUUCUACGUCGUAAAAGAUGAGGUGUUCCGUGCGUUGAACAAGACUCGCGGAUUGUAUCUUCGCUGGCAGGAAGUAACCCGUACACCUAUAGCUCACAGCCCAGAAGCCGAGUGGACUUCGACAGAACUCAAGAACGCUAUAAGAAGCAUCGAAUGGGACUUGGAAGACCUUGAAGACACAAUCAAUAUCCUUUUUAGCAUACAUAUCAGAUUGGAUGCAUUUAUCAAAUGA